GAAGACACGAAAUGAGCGUAAUAUAAAUUUUAUUUUCGGUACAUUUGAAGAAUUUUUUUUAUGUGUGAAUAAAAAAAAAAACAAAAGUGCACUUUUAUUAAAUAAAAAGAACAAGAAGCUGCAGAAGAAAAAAAAAGGAUAAAGAUUAGAUUUUUAAUAAAACGACAUUGAAAUGAAAAAAAAAACAGAGGAGGGAGAUUAAAUAACACUCUUUGAACCCGUGAUUCUCUGAAAUCAUUUCUAUUUUCCGUGCCUUAUUACAUAAGGAAGGCAGAAAAGAACUCGUAUUUUGGGUUCUUUCCAUCUUCGUAUGUGUUUGUAUUUGUAUGUUUGUGUAAGAUAAAUCAUAAAUUUCUAACGAACUCUUUAAACCACAGUUCCAUGACCGCCACCACCUUCAUCGACCGCCCGGUUAUAUGUCGGCGGUGUUGAACACUCAAGCUUCGACAAGCAUCAAUCAUCUUAGGCUUGACAACGGUCAGAUUUCUUAUUCUUGGUUGUUUUUAAAUUUUUCUGGGUUUUCUCCGGGAUAUCAAUCUGAGCUGUGUAAGACCGUGUCGAACGCCAUGAAUCCGUCGAAUGCUGGAAAUAGAAGUUCUGGGUUUUCGAGUACGAAUGAGAAUAAAUCGGAUUUGAGGUUUGAGACCCCGUCAGUUUCGCGAUCUGGGUCUGGUCUUACGAGGCCAAGGUUUGUGAAGGUUAGGAAGGGAUUGAGCUCGCAGAAUUUGAGGUCUACGGAGAUCCCUAAAACGCAGGUUGACCUUGGAUACAAUCCAUUUCGACCCAUUUCGGAGAACUCGUUCUCGGCCUCAUCCGGGUCCGAAAGGGGAUCAUCAGGUUCGGGUGAGUUUGGGAUUGGUAAGAGUGGUAAUGACGCAUUUGUGUUUGGAGCGGACAAGAGUGAUUCGAGAAUUUAUGUUGCAGGCUUUGAAAAAAGUAUGGUGGAUGAACUUAAGAACAUGAAGAUUGGUAGUGAGUUUAUUAUUAGAAAAGAUGAUGUUUCUGAUUCAAGUUCAAGUGUUAGAGCUGGUUAUAAACAAAGUAACAAAGUUGAUGAAAGCAUUAUAUCUAAGCUUCCGGAAGAUUUGAAAAAGUUGGACAUUGGAGGUUCUGGGGAUGAAAGGUUUGGCCAGGAUUCCAGUAGUAGUAUGGACAUGAGGCUUCCUGAAGAUAUGAGGAAGUUGCACAUUGAAGACCUUGGCCAUGAGAAACAAGCUGAGAAAGUUGGAAGUGAAAGGCUUAAUGUAAGUGGAAAUGAGAAUGUCAGGUUUGGAUAUGGGAGUAGUGACAGUGCUGGUGGUUCUGUUAACAGAAAUAUAGAGUUUGAACUUCGAAAUGAGUUGAACAAGAAGUUGAAUAUUAAAGAAGAAACUGGUAAGCCUGAUGGUGGUAGUGUCAGAUAUAAUGCAGAUGAUAUGGAGAAGUUUGAAUUUGGUAGUAGAAUGGGUAUUGAUCCAUUGGCUUCUACACUUUCUGAUCAGAUAAAUAAUUUGAACUUAAAGGAGUCUCUGAACACCAAUGACACAGAGAAUCCUGAUUUUCUAAGUUGUAAAGAUAAGGGUAGUGAUUAUGAUGGAAGAAAACCAACUUUUUUCUCAGCAAACAUGGAGGAAGAAAAGGGUAGCAGGACUGGAUAUUUUGGUGGCAUGUUAUUUCAUAAACUUGAUAAGACUGAACAUAAUGAUUCAAUCAUUCAUACCAGAAUGCAUGGUAAGAGUGUGAGUGGAAGUUCGGGCCAACCAAAAAAUGAAAUCAAAAUGAGUGGAGGUAUUGCCUCAUCAUCGUCUUCAUUCUCAUCUAGCAGCAGUCCUGCUCAAACAGCCACGAACAACUUUGAAGUGCCUUCUAUGAAUACACCUGAAAAGAAGAAUGAAUUUAUCUUUACUAGCGCACGGGAAGGUUUUGGGACACCCUCUUUUGAAUUUAAAACCCCAACAAAUCUAUUUUCUGGGAUGAAUGAGAACUUGGAAUUUAGUGCAAAGAGGGAAUCCAUUAGAGACACAGUAAUGAAGAAAAAGAGUGGCAAAUCGAAACGUCCAACGAAAGUCCAGCUAUGGCUCGGGCAGGAUUUUGUCUCUAGAGAAAGCAUUUCCCAGGAAAUUCCUGAAGCUUCUGACUCCUAUUCGCCAAUGGAUGUUUCUCCAUAUCAGGAGAUAUUGGCUGAUCAUCGAUGUUCUAGAGAGAAUUCUGUGACUUCUGAUGAUACUUUCAGUGUUGAUAACUCUAUGGGAACUGAUUCAGUACAAAAAGUGUCAAACGAUGCCAUUGACGAAGAUUUGGCCAUGGCAACAGAACGUAUGAAUAUAAAUGAAGGGAAUGUACCAUCUGGAGAAACAAAAGAGGAAAGCUUUGAUAAUAAUGUUAGUGCCGAAGGCACCCUUGAAGAUUGUGUUUCUGGGGCUGAAACUGAAAGCUUUAAGUCUGCAACUGAGGAGGUAGACUUUAUUGGUGAUAACACAGUUACUGAAACUGAAGCCAGCUCUAGUUCAAAUAUUGAGGGAUAUGACAAUGAUGGCAGGACAAAAUUUGGUAUUCCCUCUAGUUCUGAAGGUUUAGGUGGCUCUAACUUCACCUUUUCCGCAGCUUCUGCUGCUCAAGGUCAAUCAUCCUCUUCAAAACGUCUCCUUAAAAAAAAAAACUGGCUCAAAGCUGAUACAGACAGUACAACUCCAAAUGCUAAGAUUUCCUAUGCAACAUCCUCUUCGCAAUAUAUUCCAUUCUCUGCAGCACGAGGUACGAAAGGAGACUCAACUAUCCUGCAACGGAAAAGUAGAGAGAGUUCCGAGGUAGGUAGAGCUCAGGCUGUCAACCAAGAGUCUGAAUCUACCUCUGCUGUUAAAGCUCAGGAAGCUUGCGAGAAGUGGCGACUAAGAGGAAACCAAGCAUAUACAACUGGGGAUCUGUCUAAAGCUGAGGAUUGUUACACACAAGGAAUGAAUUGCAUUUCUAGAAAUGAGGCGUCUAGGAGCUGUCUCAGGGCAUUGAUGCUCUGCUAUAGCAAUCGUGCAGCAACACGCAUAUCUCUUGGAAGAAUGAGAGAUGCACUUGUAGACUGUACGAUGGCUGCUGAAAUAGAUCCAAGCUUUCUCAGGGUGCAAGUUAGAGCUGCAAAUUGUUAUCUUGCGCUUGGGGAAGUUGAAGGCGCUUCACGGCAUUUCAGGAUGUGUCUGCAAGCUGGAAGUGAUGUGUGUGUAGACCGAAAGAUUGCAAUAGAAGCUUCUGAUGGCUUACAGAAGGUUCAGAAAGUCUCUCAAUGCAUGGAGCAAUUGGCUGAACUUUUGCACAGGAAAACAUUUAGUGAUGCAAAGAGCGCUUUGGAAUUAAUUGCCGAGGCUCUAAAACUAAGUCCAUAUUGUGAAAAAUUUCUUGAAAUGAAAGCCGAAUCUCUUUACUUGAUUCGUAGAUAUGAAGAAGUGAUUGAGCUAUGUGAGCAAACCAUUGUUUCUGCUGAAAGGAACUCUCCUCCAGUAGAUACUCUUGACCAGUCUGCGGAUAUGGAUGUUUCCAAACUUUCCAAGUACUUCUACUUUCGUAUUUGGCGGUGUCAUCUUGCUUUCAAAUCCUAUUUUCAUUUGGGAAGGCUUGAGGAUGGUCUUGCCUCAUUAGAAAAACAAGAGGAAAAGCUGUCAGCUACAUACAGGAAUGAAAGCAAAAUAUUGGAAUCAUCAAUACCCCUCACUGCCACUGUGCGUGAGCUCCUGCGUCAUAAGAAUGCAGGGAACGAAGCAUUUCAGGCUGGAAGGCAUGCAGAAGCUGUUGAACGCUAUACUGCUGCUUUGUCAUGCAAUGUAGAAUCACGUCCUUUUUCGGCUGUAUGUUUCUGCAAUCGUGCUGCUGCCUACAAAGCACUGGGUCAAAUUACUGAUGCUAUUGCAGAUUGCAGCUUAGCUAUAGCUCUUGACGGAAAAUAUGUGAAGGCCAUUUCUAGACGAGCCACUUUAUACGAGAUGAUCAGAGACUAUGGACAAGCAGCUCGUGAUCUUCAGAGACUUGUAUCUCUUUUAACUAAGCAACCAGAGGACAAGGCCCAUAACUUAGGAGCAUCUGAUAGAUCGAAAAGCGGCUCAAAUGAUUUGAGACAAGCUCGUUUACGAUUAUCUGAAAUAGAAGAAGAAGCUAGAAAAGAUAUGCCCUCGGAUAUGUACCUUAUCCUGGGAAUCGAACCAUCUGUUUCCGCUUCAGAAAUUAAGAAGGCUUAUCGUAAAGCUGCACUUAGGCAUCAUCCUGACAAGGCAGGUCAAUUCUUGGCGAGAAGUGAUAAUGGUGAUGAUGGGCUCUGGAAGGAGAUAUCAGAAGAAGUUUACAAGGAUGCUGAUAGGCUUUUCAAAAUGAUCGGGGAGGCAUAUGCUGUGCUUUCGGAUUCUACAAAGCGUUCACGGUACGACGCUGAAGAGGAGAUGAGGAAUGCACAGAAGAAAAGAAAUGGCAGCAGCACAUGUAGAACCCAAACAGAUACCCAAAAUUACCCAUUUGAAAGAAGUGGGAGUAGGCGACAAUGGAAAGAUGUUUGGAAACAAUAUGGUGGUGGAAGCUCGACAUGGUCAGAAGCCACUCGAUCAAAUAGGUAUUCAUGAAAACUAUAUUUGGACAGGACUCUAGUUUAAAGAAGAUGGACAUUUUUCCAUAGCUACCAGAGAAUGUGGCUUCAGUUUGAAGGUCAAAUAUAAAUGAGAAAAGAAGUUUAGUGGCAUAGAAAAGGUGAAAACAGCCAGAUAAUCAGAAAGGCGAGCAUCGGGAUUUGUUUCGAGUUGUGAAAUAAUUCUUUUUACUAAUUCACAAAAGCACAGAAGAAAUUUUUUUUUUUUGUUUCUUUGUUUUUUCCUUGGGAAGUUUGAAAGGUAUCCAGAAGCUUAGAUUGAUGAUGGUGAUGGUUCGGAGGAUAAAUCCACACGGAAUGUGUACAAAUGAGAUGGAGUAUAACUUAACAUGCAGAUGAGUAAAAGCUAAGCCAGAAAGUAACUUGCUUCAGGAGCCAGGAGCCAACUAAUCUGGUUGAAAGAACAUAGAGGAGACUGCAGAAAGGAUUUUCCUAUGGGAAGAACGAUCAAUUUUGUGUUGUGUUUGUGUGUUUAAUUUUUUCCUUUAUUUUUUUUACCUCAUUGAAUUUCAAAAUGAAAAAAAAAAAUGUUUCAUUAGAAUAUACUGUCAAUAAACUGAUUAUACAUGAGUUGAUAGCUUUUCCACUGUAUAGUUGUAUUUCUUUUCUAAUUACAUUAACUAUAAUUGCAGAAAAAUAAAUAUUUAGAGGAAGUUUGAAUGAAAUAUUUCUCCUUUCAUUUC